UCCUUUCCCCUCACGCUCCGCGCGCGCGCCGGGAGGCGGGAAAAGAACCCGGAAGCUCCGUCAGGGGCUCGGGGAAACCCCCCCACGGAACCUUCCGGAACCUUCCGGGAGCUGGUGGGAGCUUCCAGAACCUUCCCGAAGCCUCCCGGGAGCGUCCGGGAGCCGCUCGGGGCCCCCGGAGCCGCCGCCAUGUCGGACUCCGGGCAAAGCCCCGCCCCCGGCGCGCGCCGGCGCUGCUGGAACCGCGAGAAGGAAGCGGAAGGAGGCGGAGAGCGGCGGGAGGUGGGGGAGGAGCCAGCGGGGACCCUGCAGAAGACCCCGAUCAUCCUGGCCAAGCCCCCGGCCGAGCGGCAGCAGCCGCCCCCAACGGCGUUGAAGGCGGGGCCGGCACAAGCCCCGCCCCCUCCCGCCCCGGCCCCGCCCAUCGUGCUGAUGAAAGCGCGGGGGGAGGAGCCUCGGGGAGGGGGCGUGGCCUCGGGGAGCUCGGGGGAGGGGCCAGCUCAGGCCCCGCCCAUGGAGAGGGAGGGGCCACGCCCCACCCAGCCUGUCUAUCAACUGCACAGCCGCGGGCUGGCCCCGCCCGCCGCGCUCGACCCCGCCCAGGCCCAGGCGCGUCUGGCGGCGCCCGAGAAGAUGAAAACCAGUAUCAAACUGGUGGCCGAGCAGAUGAACUGGUUCCUGCUGGAGCAGACGGACGUGCUGGUGGUGGGGGCGCUGGGGCUGCAGGGAACCGGGAAAUCCACGGUGCUGUCGCUGCUGGCCGGGAACCAGCCCGAGGAGGAUCCCAGGUCCUUCGUGUUCCGGCCGCAGCCGCCGGAGCUGCGGGAAAGGGGCGGGGCCCAGACCGGUGGCAUCGACCUCUUCGUUACCCAGGAGCGCGUGCUCUUCCUGGACACCCAGCCCAUCCUAAGCCCCGCCCACCUGGAUCACCUGAUCAACAACGACCGGAAGCUUCCGCCGGAGUUCGCGCUGCCCCACGCCUACGUGGAGACGCAGUCGUUGCAGAUCGCGGCGUUCCUGUUCACGGUGUGUCACGUGGUGCUGCUGGUGCAGGAUUGGUUCACGGACCUGGGGCUCUACAGGUUCCUGCAGACGGCCGAGAUGGUGAAGCCGCCGACGCCGUCCCCGAGCCACGACUCGAGCGGGGGCGGGGCCGAGGAGCCCUCGGAGUAUUACCCACACCUGGGUGGGGGAGGGGCGCUGUUCCCAGCCCUGCCCCCGUUCCGGGGCCGGGGGGGGCUGGGGGGGCUCCUGGCCCGGCUGCGGGGGAGGGUCCUGGCGGCCGCCCGCUCCCAGUUAUCCCACAGCCUGCUGACCGAGCGCAACUGGUUCCACUACGCUGCCCGGAUUUGGGACGGGGUGAAGAAAUCCUCAGCCUUGGCCGAGUACGGCCGCUUACUGGGCUGAACUGGGAGCACUGGGAGGGCUUCGCUGGACCAAUAAACCCCUCUGGAAACCCCUCA